UACAAAUUCGUUUUUCAAUGUAAGUAUGUCAAUGGAAGACACUGGGUUCAGUUCCGAGGGAAAUGCAACAAACCUGCAUAUCAUUGAGAUUAAAAGGGAACGUGCUAUUACAAAACUGCGUGAGGUAAGAUCGGGUCUAUCUGUCUAAAGACAGUAAUCACCAUCGAAUCAUACAAUGACAAAACCGCUGUAUGGUGUUACUUUGUAUUAUAAACAUAAUUUCCCGCUAGGUUUCACAUACAUGCAUUUGUAUCUAGAAUAUCCGAGUUUAUCAUUUAACUGUGCCGUUUAAAUUAAAAUUUAUGAACCGCUUUUAUUGAAAUUGAACAGUUUCAGGGCUGUUUGAUCCUGGUAGGAAUAAUUCACUGCCUCGUCGGACUAACAGGAGCGGCUGGCAUCGUCCUUAAGUUUAUUGGGCCUGUAACAUUGGUCCCUGCUAUGUUGUUAGGUGGUAUCUUCAUGUCAAGGGCAACAACAAAGUUUGCUAGAUCCCAUUGGGGUCUAUCUGCAAUCACAGCAGCCACCGCUCUGGUACUCUCUCUUUACCUCAGCAACCGGAAGAUGCCGUUUCCGGCUUGGUCCAGGAAAAGGGGAUUUCAUAUCUUCUGGUAUCCCUUCCAUCAAGUCUUUUCGAUUCUGAUUGGUUUACUUGUUGGCUGGGGACUGUCGGCUGUUCUGACGAUAACAGGCGUGUUGACAGACGAUCCCUCUAAGGGUGAAUACAUGGCCAGGACGGAUGCACAAGCAGACAUUAUCGCAAAGGCCAGCUGGUUUAAAGUCCCCUAUCCAAAUCAAUUUGGAACGCCAUCUUUCGACACGGGAGUAUUCAUUUCCUUUUUCAUCGGUACACUUACCUCUAUCCUUGACUCUAUCGGCGACUACUACGCAUGCGCUAGGACUUGUAAUGUACCUCCGCCACCACGCUAUGCUGUUAACAGAGGUCUGGCUGUGGAAGGUUUCGGAAGUACCUUGUCAGGGUUAUUAGGAUGUGGCCACGCAACCACUACGUACGGGGGAAACAUCGGGGCCAUUGGCCUAACAAAGGUAGCAAGUCGGGAUGUUUUACUGUGGACGGCAUUCAUCUACAUAGUUUUCGGCCUCGUUGGUAAAGUAUCUGCAGUCUUCAUAACCAUACCGCUUCCGGUCCUAGGUGGCGCCAUGAUCGUCAUGUUUGGAAUGUUUAAUGGUAUCGUCCUAUCCAACCUCCAGGUGAUAUCACUUUCAUCUACUCGAAACCUCGCUGUCAUCGGAGCUUCUCUACUUUUAGGUCUGAUGGUCCCUUACUGGUUAGAGGCCUUUCCGGAUGAUCUUCAAACUGGCAGUGCCUACAAUGACAACAUAAUAAAGACACUACUAUCAAACCCUAUUCUGAUAGGAGGAGCCUUUGCAGCCUUUCUUGAUAACACAGUUCCUGGUACGGCAAAAGAACGGGGAAUCACGGCGUGGCAGGAGCCGGAAAAAAGCGAUCAGUCUCAGAUAUAUAGCGAAGGUCUGGAAGUGUACAUACCCCUUCUACCCGCACGCUGGCUCUCGUGGAAGGUGAUGAAGUACCUACCCUUCUGUCAAUAUAAAGCUCAGGAGGAGGAUGACAUCACCUAAGGAUGACAAUCAUACCCCAUCGACAGACUACAGAAUGUGCAAUUACUAGGAAAUAAGCAUUUCCAAUAUAUAUUAUUAUAUCCUAAUAUCAACAAAUGAAUUUACAGACUCAUUUUUGCAAAAUCUAGGCAAUUUCUAAAUAUUUCGUGAUCAGAUGAUGAAGGCGUUUAGAUUCAACUAUACUAAGAUUUAGUUGUAUUCUAUAUUCUAUAGCUAUAUUCAAUCCUGAAAUGAUCAAUAAUGUUCCAUAUUUAGCUUUACAAUUCGUCUUAGAGGAUCAGUUUUUAUUUUUUAUUUAUUUUUUUUUAAAUCCUCAUACAUGAAAUACAGCAGACGGAAUGUUAGAAUAAAGGAGUUUUGAAGAAAAAGAAGAGUAAGAAACAAUAGGAAUUAGAAGAUGUUAGAGUAUAUAGAACUAAGGGAAAUUAUGAUAAGGGAAAUAUAAUUUGAACAAAUGUGUUAUCGAUUGUGGAAAGUGUAAAACCAACGAAAUUUUUAAAGGAAAAUAGGAACUUCAUGUCAAAAAUAAUUCCAAAGUUACGGCGGAAUAACGGGGAGAUAAUAACAGAACAAGGGACUAAUUUGAAUAAGUAUAAUUUUUUAUGAACAAUUAGGUGGGGUUGAUUUUAAAUUUUAAAUGUUUUUGAAAACAAAAAUUUCGUUGUACGGUCUAUAAAUUUUGGUAAUAUAAAAGGUCGAUUAUCAGUUACAAAAGAGGAAGAAGUGGUGACGAAUUUCUCUUUCAAAUAUCGCUUACAGUAUUGCCUCAGGUUCAAUAGCUAGUAGGUUUGAAUCAGUUUAAUACAAAAUAAUAAACUUGGCUUAUCUAUGAUAUCAUGCAAUACACUGAGGAAAAUAAUAAAUCAGGAAAGCUAUUACUAACAGAUUGACUACUAGAUUACUAAUAGAAAAGGUUGCAUGCUAAUUCCAAUUCUACUAUAAUUCAAGGAGGUGAUGCAUCGUCAUUUUUUUAAUAUAAAACGUGGACCAAAUCGCUCCUUAUAUAUUCAUUCUCUGUAAUGAAUUUUGGCAAUACGUCUCAGAAACAAUAAUAAUAUAAAUGGUAUAAAUAUUAACUCUCUUAUUUUAUCUUCUAAAUAUACAGAUGACACUUCAUUAAUAUUGGAUGGAAGAGAGAAAUCAAUGAAGGAAACUGUUGAAGAACUGAAUAUGUUUGCAAAAUGAAAAUGAGCAAUAUUCAAGUGGUAUGGAUAGGCUGUAAAAAGUAAAGUUAUGAAUAAUCCUUCUUCCUGGUAUGAAUUUUUAAUGAGGGGUGGAUAUAUUUACACUGCUUGGAAUUUGGAAGUAUAAUUAAAAAUUGGAAUAAAAGUAUACUUAAUCCAUUAGGAAAUAUCAAUAUACUUGAAUCUUUACUAAUAUCACAGUUGAAUCAUCUGUUAAUUUCUUAACAAAAUCCAAACGAGAAAUUUAUAAAACAGCUUAAUUUGAUUCUUUUCAAAUUGUUAUUGAAUGCAAAACUGACAAAGGAAGGAGAUAUGAUGCACUUAGAAAAUGGUUAAUUUGAUAGCUUUUAUCGAAUCUGUAAAAACUGGCGUGGUAAGAAAGAUUUUCAAAUCAGAAGGGAAAUAUAUUGUGUUCCCUUAGGGCCUAAUUUCCAAUAUCGCUCCUUCGCACCGUCGACCUAAACGCGAAAGGAGCGAAAACACGAUGGCGAAGGAGCGAUGGAACUUUGCUCCUUCUCCAUCAUGUUUUCGCUCUUCGCCAUCGUAUUUAAAUGAUGUUCCGUUAGGGCCAAAUUUCCAAUAUCGCUCCUUCGACCCUAACCCUGACGGUAUAGAACCAGUGUAGUGAUGUUAUGACAAUAUGGGUGAGUCUGAAUGAAAGUAUACACGUAGUGUGCUUUUACGUAUA